AUGGCGGCCGAGGAGGAGUGGUAUUUUGAGGAAGAAGGCUGCCUCCAGUUCAGUGGCCGUCCAACUUCUGUGACUUUUUCACCUACAUCAAACUGCUUCAUCUGUACGCUCAAAGAUGGAACGGUUGAAGUCGUGGAUGCGCGUUCUAGUCUAGGUUUGAAGCGGACAGAGCCGGCAGUAUCAGGAGAAGCUAAGUUCCUUCAAUGUAAGUUUUGUCCUGAGGUGGAGAAGCUGUUUAUCACAAAUGGAAAUGUAUCUGGACUCAGAAAGGAUCUUAAUGGCGUCUUGCUGCUGGACAGCAUUUUACAGCCUCCUUUCAAAGGUCCUUGCAUGGAACCAGUUGUGUUUGAAUUGACUCUCUCAGAUGCUAUGCAGUUACUAUCAGCUAUAGAAUUGUGUCUUUCAUCUGGAGAGGAUGAUUCAAAUAUGAAGAAUAUAAACACUGUGCAAUCUUUGCUUAAAGAGGAAGUAGACAAGGCUCAGUCCCUGUUAGGCUCAAGUCACGAUAAAGCAAUUAAGUGGUGUACUUGCCAGUUGAAGUAUGCUUGUAGUGCACUGGAGAAAGUGUUUGCUGAUUUGAUCACUUAUCUUCAGAGAAGCCAUAAAAAUCAUGCUGCUCUCCCCAUUGUUGCUGCCAUGCAAUCAAGAACUAUGUACCUGCUUGACGUAGUCACCACCGAUAACAGACCAACCUCGCCAGGGAACAAAUUUCCGAUGUUUAUGGAGGCAGUGCGGAGAAAGACCUUUUCAUCAUGGCCUCAUAAAGAAUACAGGUGGGCAUAUCCAGAAGCCAUGGCAAAAGCUGGUUUCUACCACCAGCCUAGUAACCGUGGUGAUGACAGAGCUCUAUGUUUUACUUGCAAUGUGUGUCUGGUGUGUUGGGAACCAACAGACGAACCCUGGGCAGAGCAUGAACGGCAUUGUCCAGAGUGUUCAUUUGUGAGGGGAAAUAAUACCAUAAAUGUCCCUAUGUCAGUUUCAUUGGCCACUGCUCCUGCCUGUACCCAUGAAUCAGUUCAAAUUCAAUUCAUCAGUGAAAGCUCGUGUUCACACUUCAUGGCAACAUGUAGUGAAAAUGGACAUGUCAUCAUCUGGGACAUUCAAGAUGAACUGAAGAUCCAUACUGAGUUUCAAGUAAGUCUACCUGAUGAUGUUGAAGAAACUCCAGAAGGAGAUUUGCCAUCUGAACACUUUUGCCCUCCUACAAGCUUUGUGGCUUGGGCUGAGCCUGACUAUGAAGACAUGGAAGCUACCAGUAGUGAGCCAGAGAAAGAUUCCAAAACUGUAGGUGAUCCACCAGAGAGCAAGGCAGCUGAACUGUCAAAAGAGGAAGCAUCAUCCCAUAAGAAUCCAAAUGAAGACUGCAACAGUGGACAAGAUGAAAAGAAGAGUGCUGGCUGUCACUCUGAAACUAUUGAAGAAGAAACUAAAAAAGAAAAGUUAGUUGUCUGUACUGUGUCUAUCAUUUGUUCUUGUGGAAAAGAUCCUACAAACUCUACUAGUCAGAGCUGUCAAUCAUUUGCGCACACUGCUACAUUACUUGUUGCAAUUCUUAUGCAAAAGAAUUUUACUAGUGAUUGUACCAAAUCAGAGGACAAAGGUGAUGUUGGUUGCAGUGCAGGUCAGCUUUGUCCAUACAUUUUGGUUUAUGAUAUUGUUACAAAUUCAGGAAACAAAUUGGAGGAAUCCACAACAAAGCAGGCUUUCAGUGUUGAAAGUUGUAUUGAAUUAGAAAAGGAUAUGCUGAUGCAAGACCCUUAUGGAUUGUCUGGGAGUGACGAUGAGUUUUUAUAUGAUGAGCUGCCUCUUGGCCAGCCACCACCUCCUGUUCUUCCUCCCGAUACACUUCACUCAUCUGUGUUGCAGAAGUUUGCUGAGGCUAUAACUGGUGAUUUGGGGGCAGAUCCAGGAAAGACUAAGAAAUCAAAAGAAGAAAGAAAUAGAUGUGCUAAACUUGUUCAGAGUGUUGAUAUGUCAAAAGUUUGUGACAAUCGUUGUUGUAAGGUGUCCAGCAUAGUCCCUUUUGGGGAUAGUGAACAUAUUUUGGUUACUGUUGUGUUAUGCUCUUCCUCCGGAAACAUCAUAACAGCAUAUCCAAAUGAAACAACGACAAACUCGUCAGCUGGAACAGAAGAAAAUUUUGUGGAAGGGACCCGUCCUAAAACUCUAAACUGUGAGCACAAUUUUACUCAAAGCACACUGGCAGUGUAUGAUAUACUCAGCAGUAAUAGUAAAAGAACGUUGUCUCCUCAGCCUUUAAGAACAAAACAAUUUGCGGCUUCAGAAGGUCUGUUUAGUACUAUAGUGGCUCUUCCACCAGAGAGCCAUGACCUCAUAGGUGACUUGAAUCUAUGCUUACAAGAUGCAGAAGCAGAGUUGUCUCCAGAGAGACCUCUUUUGGUUGGUGCUGUGAAGAGCAGUGUCAUCCUCAUUGAUGCAAACUCUCUUAAUAUACUCACCAAGUUUUCAUUAUCCAAUGGAAACUCAAACAUAUUGCAUGUCUUGAACUGUCCUGGGAUGGAUUGCCUUUGUGCAUGCAACGAGGAUGGAGCAAUGCAUUUCCUAGGUUUGCGUCGCCAUAAGGCUGUGGAAGCAAGUCAAGGAAGUGUGGGGCAGGACAGAACAGAUAGCAUAUCUCAGGUUCCCCCAGCAGGGUCUUGGUCACAGACAGCUGUUGCCCUUAAUCCAAAUGAGCCAGUCUCUAUGGCAACCCUGCUUUCAUUGGUUCAACUGACAGAGUUUGUGAUGCUGAUGCCACGUUUUAUGGCAUCUGUGCCGUCUUCAUGGGUGGAGUAUCAACAGGAUCAGCACCGGCUUUACCAGCACACCUUGGUAGAUCCUCUGUUACACACCAGGACAUGGAAAUUGCGGACAGAAAAUAGCAGGUUUUUGACCAAAGAACAAGUUGCAGAAAUUGUUCUCCCAAGAUAUUGCCAUGUGGGCCAUGUAGACGUCAGAUUUUCCUUAAGCCCUAUGACCACCCAACCAGCUACCAACGUUUACCUGGUAAAACCGCCAUAUCCUAGCUCCUUUAAACUCAGUCACAGGAGUUAUCCACUGCCAUUACCAGAACGUCAGAAGAAAGGAAUACUAGCUUCGGCUCGAGAGCAAAACACUAUAGUGUGUGGUCCUGUGAGCCUUAAAAUGGGACUUGAUAGUACAGGGCGUCAUGGUCGUGUGACCCUUACGAGUCCAGAGCUGAUCAAAUACAGCAGCAGGAUUCUGUUGCUAGUGUUUGACAGUUGUGGUCCCGGUGAAGAUUUGGCUGAGUUAUCAGUAACAGUGGCGAGGUUCAAGAACAACUUCCCAGGGGAAUGUCACAAGUUGAGGACCAGUUUACUGGAAGACAGCAGCCAAAGACUGCUUGAUAUUGUUGUUGGAUGUGAGCCUGUCCAGGGAGCAGUUAAACCUGAUGAUGGAAGGAAGUUGGCUCUGGAGCUUCUCUGUUGGAUUGCUGGUGUCUAUGUUAACUGGAAGACUGGGGAGAGCAACUUGGUAUGGGAUGUGGAAAAUUAUCUUCCCAAGUUGAUUCGAACAUGUUACCUUAGUUGUGGACGUAGCAUUGCUCACAAGUGUAGCAGACUGUUGAUGAUGUGCGCCAGGAGAGCUGUGAACCAAAGGUCUCCCACUGAAUCCACGUCAUCCUUCAGAAGAUCUUUACUAAAUGCGAUCCUGGAUGUUUUGCAAAUAACUCCAUGCGCUGUUUCGUCUGGUGCAAUACACUGGCUGUUUAAAUUACUUGCGGGAUUUGCCGCCCAGGCUGAUUCCACCCUCACUAGUUUCGUUUGCCUGGAGUUGUUAGAGUUUUUAUCUUCCAAACUUGCUUCUUCAAGACUGCGAGAGCAUCAGUUAUUGCGUGCGAGGUAUGGUCUAUAUGGCUCCCCAUUAGACCCUGUCCUGUUUGAUGCUUUGCCGCAAGCUUCUACCAGCCAGCAAAGUUCAUCAGUUGUUAAUGCUCUUAGUGGAGUGCCGCUGACCGUCAAGGCAUCAUCUUCCUCCGGAGGCUCCGAAUCCAAUUCAUGGAGCAGUGUGAAUUCACCGCUAGCUUGGCAAGGCCUCCUGGAAGUCCAGCCCCUUCAUUUUGUUUGCUGUUCCACCAGCGAUGGCGCCCGAGUGGAGAGGGGUGACAAUCACCUACUAUCUGGUGGUAGUCUGGGACCUUCAGGUACGCCGGUUCAUGUUCCGAUGAUGUCUAGUGGGAUGCCGACCGGAUCAGCUUUAGCGCCAACACUGCCAACUGUAUCAGCAUCUCUCGCUGCUUUGGAACAAGAGCUCCACAUGCUGAAGCAACACCAGCUACAGCUAGUAAGCCUACAACAACACAAAAAGCAGUUAGAAAAACACAAGAAGGAACUUGAAGAUAUGUCCAUGUGGCCUCUGUUUCCAAAGACCGUAUACAAACCUGGUAAUGUAUGGUCAGCUCCACCAAGUGCUCCCGCAUUUCAGCCAACCACAGCUCCCUUGACUUCCACCAGUGCUCCUAUCAACUUGGCACAGCACAAGAAACAAGCAGCGGGCGCAAAGAAGAUUGAGAGGGCAAGUGGUGGCCCUGUGUCCCAGCCUAUCCAACAACACCUAAUGCAGCUCCCGCAGCCACAGAUGUUGGUGAUCGACCGUCUCCACGCUGGAGCCCGUCAUCAUGUUGUUUUGGACUUUGGCUGUGUUGUCCAGCUGACAGAUGUGUUGAUUCCUCAGUGCUCAGACAUCAUGUCACUUUCCAUUGAUCUGUGGAGUCAAUGGGAUGACCCAGAUGUACAGCGGAUAGCUGUGGUGUCAGACAUCAACCUUUGUGCUUUUGUUCUCAAAGAUCUUUUGCCUCCUCCAGUGUGCCGCUAUGUUAAGCUAACUGUAGUUGGAAGGCCUAAGACAAAUGCAAAGGCACGUGUGAAGGUUGGAGAAUUCUAUGGUCAUCCACUUUGUCGUCAGACAACCAUCAGUGGGGAAAGUCAGCUUCUUGCUACAAGCUGCCAAGACCAGCAGUGUUUACCAAUACUACUCAACCUCCUAGAAGACAUCCACUGUCAUUACAACUUGACGUGCACACAACUGCGGACCCUGCUGCAAUCCUCUGAACCUCGAACUCCGAGGCCAGACGGAUCUGGAGCUGGUGCAUCUCUCACCGAAGAAGACAAGAAAGUAGAGAAAGCUUACAACCAGUGCCUUAACCUGCAGCACCAACUUAACCUGGUGGAAAGGUCUAUUACUAGACUGACGUCUAACACGGAAAGCAAUAGAACAAUUCCGUCUCUUGAUGAAGCCAAAUACGAUCAUUUGCAGGUCAUCUGCAACUGUUUAAUAGACACAGUGGUGGCAUUAAUGGGUGUUGGUCCUUCAUUAGAGGGUUACCUUGCUAAACCCAAACUAACGCUUGAGUGGCAGCCCUCUCUAAGCCAAGUGACUCCUACCAUGUGUGAAAGCUUGUUUCGUAACCUCUGUGUUCAUGGUUCUCCUCAAAAACGUGAAAGGGUUGGCGCUCUACUCUUGAAUGCUUGUGGUAGUAAGCCAUGGUGGGGCGAAUUUUUGUCCAAUGUUCUGAAAGAGUUUUUUAGUUCCAGCCAGAAGUGCACGUUUCCCCAAGAAAGACUGUUUGCAGUAUUAGUGCGCUUGAGCCAGCAGUCCCCUUCAAUUGAACUGGUGCUCACAAGUUUUCUGAGCCUGUUAGAUGGACUGCUCCUCGUGAAGGACCUCAAAGUGGACCUGGAGUCUGCAGACCUGGCAUUAAUCAGUUGGUUGUUACUCCUCUUGCAACAUGUUCUGGAUACUUGUAUAGUCCAGUCUGAUACAACUGCUUCUACGAACGAAAAUGGGGAAAACUCCAAAGGAUCGAAUGGUAAAAACAGCGGUACCUCCUCUCCGAUUACUGGCAAAACCAAGUUAUCCAAGUCCACAAAGAGUAACAAAUCUUGCAAGCGAAGCAGAUGGGACUUCAUGCUUCCAACUAUACCGACUCUACCAUCAAGUGCAAGCAGUGAAAGCAGUAGUUACUGGCACAGACACCUGAAGAUGAGCAAGGGGACUUUGGCAAAGAAACCUCAGAUGGACUACCCACAGGGGCUUACGAAAGGGAAUGGAAAGCAACCUUAUAAGCACAUGAAGGACUUGUCCAAACUCCGUCGCCAUGUUGAUGAAGGAAAACCUCAACCUGAAAAGACAGCUAUUCAGCCAACAACAUUUUCCACAAGCACCCCUCUGCCAGCGGUCACAACACUUCCUGUCAUGCGCAAGAUGGUCAGCUUUAUUCUGAGUAUGGAUUCCUCGUGUAGUGUGGAAUUGUUCUUGGUGGCAUGCAAGGUUGUAGCUCAUUUGGCGUGUGUAAGUGACCCAUUCAUCAGCCUUGUGGAUGUCAUCUCAGACGAUCAGCUGGAGAAGCUGCUCAGGAUGUGUGUGAUGCCAAAUGGGAUGCAAUCAGCUCACUGGGGAGGCCCAUGGGCAUCUCAUGCACUCACUAUUUUGUUACAGGAUCUACUUGGUGGACAGGGAAGUAAAGUUAGUGAUGCUUCAAGAAAUGUAACCGCUCAGACUCCUGCAGCUCAAGAAAAUGACACAGAAAGUUCGCUCUUGUCAAAAGUGACUGAUUAUGAGAAGAAAGGCUCCUUGCUGACUAUGGAUUACGGUGAUAUAUGUCCGAGUUAUGACUUGCCUAUUGAGCUGUCAGGCUGGAUGGGAGAUUUUGGUGAGAUUGGUAAUGGUAGCGAAAUGCCACAAGCAACACCAGUCCAUGAGAAACCAUCGGUGCAAUCUUCAUGGGAGGCUAAAGUUGCUCCACCUCCCCCAAUCAAACUGUCAUCUGCCAUUGAUAUGAGACUCGAGCUUUGUCUCGAGAUGGAAGCAGAACGAGAUCUUAAAAUGUUGGAGCACCUUCAAGUAGAUGCGAUCGCUAAAGCACUGAGUACCACAGGAUCUUCAUUUAGGGGAACUACUGAACAAUCACGCAAGAAGAUUCCCAAGAAUGGCAACAGUGCUGUGGUAGGAAGGACUCUACUAACAUCAUUUAAUAAAAUAUUCAAUGACUGCGCCAGUGCGGAUGUGGAUGUUCCUUCUCUUCUGCAGUUGUGGCUGAAGAUUCGAUUGUGCGCUUCCAGUAUAACUCUGGAUACAGAAUCUCUGAGCAAGCUACUCUCGCACGUGAUACAUCUUCCAGGGUCGCCUUCUCAAACGCUACAGCUUUGUCUGCAAGUCCUUACAUGUGUGUCUGACGGACAAUUUCGGAACUGUGCUAAUAUUGAAUUCAUUGCUUUUCUAAGAAACGAAGACCUUCUGCAUUUUUUAGUAAGACUCUUAUCUCAGAUGGCGUCAUUUGGAGGAGCGAACCCUCUUCCACCCAGUCCGAAGCCAGUCAAGGCAUUUCUGACGUCGUUGCAGUUGGCUGUCAAUAGUCACAACAGAGCGGAGCUUCCCCAGAUUUUCCUUGAACUGUUGCUGAAGACAACGCUUGAGCUGUGUACAGAAAGGCUUUCCAACAGAGGAGUAGUCCUUCAAGUAGAUCCAGUUAUCGAUAUCUUAUUGUCAAACCCAAACACUGCGUGGCGUGAGGUGCAACCUGAAGUUUUCACAAGACUAGUGAAAGCGACCGGAGAGCUUGCUUUGGAUCAUCUUGCUCACAGGAGAAGUGUGAGUCUUCUUCCAUCUGCGGAUGUCCUCAGCGGAGCUACUGUGGAUAAACUGGAUGAUAGUACAUGGCUUGUUCAGCUGCUUAGUUUAGUGAUUCAGAUGUUACAGAACUGUGUUGUGAAACCACUUGACAAUGAUUCAAGUCAGACAUCAAUAGACACUUGUCAUGGAAAGGAGUCGGAUGAUAUUCAAGGUGUAACCAGCAAUUCAACUGGUGGCUCUUCAGUGUCUUUCAAUUUAAUAGAUAAACUGGUGUCCGACAAAGGGAUCUUCCACUGCUUGUUGGAUUGUCUAAAUCAGUGUACUACAGAUAAUCAAGGGAUGUCGGGUUCGACAUCUGUCUGUGAAGACAAGGUUUCUACCGAUGAGAAGACCUCAAACAAACCUGCCUCAGUUGAGGAUGGAGUGUGGCAAAUCUUGUGGGUGAUACAAAAACACGUUGGUGACCAAGGGGUCUUGGUCGAUGCAUUUCUGACCUUCCUGCAGACAUGCGAAAAAGAUGGUGUCGAGUCGUCUCCGGCGUCAAUGAAGCAUUUGUCUGUUCCCUUAGUAAAGCUGUUCUGUGGGACUUUCAACUCCUCUCAAGCUGUGAUGCAGUUUUAUGAAAAGGGUGGCCUCGACAUUGUGUGCAACGCUAUCAUGGCAGGACGAACAACAUCAUUGGACGGUUCGUCGCAUGGUCUUCUCUUUGUCAUGCAAGAACUGAACAGCAAGCCGAACAGGAGGGAACCAAGAGGGCUCUUAACAUCCGUAGGAGAAGGAGAAUUGGGCAAGCGAAUGUUCAACUUUGCUCCUUAUGCCACCAUUCACUGCACGUCGUCUUCAAAACAUCCUCCUGAUGCGCUGCUAAAAGUCACCGCACAGCAUCGUCGUGUCCGCUCACCGGCUUGGUCGUAUCGUUUUCCCGUCAACGAGGAAUGGUGUGAGUUAGUUGUGAAUCUACCUACAGCCAUCCUCUUGAAUGAAGUGCACAUUCAACCUCAUUCUUCGGGAUUAUCAACAAGCCCAUCACAUGUGGCACUGGAUGUGAGUAGUGACUGUCAAGUCCUUGUACCCGUUUGUGAACCCGUCCUCACUUCUGGAAUCACCACAAUCAAACUUAAACUCCAACAGCCAGUUGUUGCACAGUAUGUCCAUAUUCAUUGUCACCGUCCACGAGACUCGCGUGUGGUAGGAUUGUCACAGAUCAGGAUCAUGGGAGCAUCAUUACAUGGGGUUGAAAGUGGAGUCGCUCAGGAGCUCCACCACUUAAAGGGCCAGUCAGCUAGCCUCGGCUGGGUACAGUUACUUGGUCAGUGCCUCUCGCAAGGACCUGAAUUUUAUCAGGAGACAAAAGAACCUUCGACGCUGAUCUCGGAUGUGUUUAGCAACUGUAUCGCCCUGCUGUUAUCGCCACGAAGUGGUCACUCUGCUUGUCUAGAACUGGUGCUCAUGAAGUUGUCCAAGCAGUUUCCAGAACUGGGCACCAUGUUAAUGAAACAACUGUUAAAAUGCCCAGGGGAGAAGGGAAGAAAGAGAGGGCCGCUGGUAAGCGUCGCUACACUGGAACUUAUAUACCAGUUGGGAAAGAAACAGGACUCUUCAUACGAAGACAGAUUGUUAGUGAUAUCGUCCUGGUUACGGUCCGUCUGUGACUCGUCAACCUCUUCCCACGCGGCACCUGGGCAUAUUCAGUCUGUGGCUGCUGUCAUCUGGAAUGCAAAGGAAACUAACUCGGAGUCAGUUGUGAAACAAUACUUUUCUGAAGAGCUUUUCAGAUCUCUUUUUGACUGGUCACAAGCUUCCUCUGAUGAAGAUUUCCUGAAACAGAGUAUUGAUCAUCUCAUUGGUGCUCUGACGUACAUUUGUCCAGCUUAUUAUGUAGUGCUUUUAGAACUCACUGGAGUCAAGGAACUCCUCGACGAAUGGAACAAGGAAAGUGGCAAAACUGGUGGUGGGCUGUCAAGACUUCUGACAGCUCCGUCACGACUCGGAACACUGGCUACAGCAAGCCAAUCAUCUAUCACGAGCCAACUAUUGCUAAAUUCGGGUUUACUUAAAAUGAUGGCAGGAGUUAUCGUGGACUUCUGUCAAGCAGGUGGUAAUUCCCAAGGUUUGGACAAACAUCCGUCAACAGUGGAUCCACUACCGAAGUCAAACUUGUCCAUCGACCUUCUUCCACACCUUCUAAACUUUUUAACUUGUUGUUCCCAGGAGCCAGCCAUUAAGGAUUGGAUGGGUGAAACAGGCUACCAGUUGUGGUUUUUACUUCUCUCACAGCUCUGCAGAGGACGACAUGUCCAAAGUAACCCUUUUUUUGGCCCACCAGGCGUAGUUCCUUCUAUUCCCAGCCACACUAAGUUUGCGAUGGAAACUGCAACGGUAGAUCUGUUAUGCAACUGUGUUCAUUUUCAUCUCAGAAAUCAAGAAAGGAUGGCGAGUCUCUUGGUUGAAACCAUUGGUGGAGAGAACUCUGAAAAUGGAUCAAUUGACAUGAAAACCAAUGUGAAGACACAAGUCAACGGCUUUUUACGACAGUUGAUCUUACAAAUGUUGCUGGAAGAAGAAACUGUACUUAUCUGUGUGCACGUUGAGAAUGAUUUGAAUUUACAAACAAUGCGAGGAUUUGAUUUCUUUCAUAAAGAUGGUUGGCAUCCUCGCUUUGGAGCAGGACACUCAUUUGCACUACUUUCUGCAAAAUUCUCCACAACUCUUCACGAACUUAGUGAACAGAUUCUUCGUCCUAAAGUAAGCAAACCAGUCGAGACAACUUUGGAGGAAAAGUUCCCCAAACCUACUGCAGUGGAGGGGAUGGCUGAUCCUGGCGAGUUUAGCCAAUACGAAGGGUUUGAAUUUCUUGAGUCUGUUAGUCUUGCUGCAGGACUGAACGUGAAAAGCAAAAGAGCUGAAAAAAGUGAAGCGUCAACAGUAAAGGAAAAUAAUCCGGAUAAUGGUCAGAGUCAAAAUCAAAGUAAAAGCAUGUCGUGUUCAUUUUAUCACGAUAUACUCGGCAACGUGUGUCUGCCGCAGUCUUGGACAGUGGCUCAGUUGUUGCAGCAUCUAAUGAGCAAAGGACUACCUUGUGGUACAUCUUACCUUGAAGUGACGUGUAAGACUCAAGAUGGAAAGACAGAAGACAAUUCUACUAAUUCUGCGCCGUUGCUAACCCCGUUGGAUGUGUUUGCCAAACAGGAUGGGUUAGUGAAGUUAUCAAUGCAUCUCCCUUGCCACGUUAUAACACCUUCCUCGCUGGCUCCGGAUACUGAAACGGAGGUAAUUGAGGGUGACAGCAGUGAUAAACAGGUGCCUUCUUACCCGACGCAGCUUCCGUUGCCUUUAGUGUCCAUACCUGCCUCAGUGUUAAGCGCUGUUCCAGCACAUACACUUGUAGCUUUUGGUUUAUUCAUUCGCCUUCCUGGAUACAAUGAAGUUCUGCUUAAAGAUCGUCUCAAGGCUCGCUACCUUCUGAGGCUGCUUCUGGGGGCCAAACAGGAUGGGAAUGGAGAACCUAUCUUGUCAUCUCCAGCAGCCAGUUGUCUGUCCACGCUACCAUUCCAUGUGUUAAGGAUCUUAUUUCAGAGCAGUGAGCUCUCGCCACAAGAAGGCGCCGUUGUGCACAAGGCGGCUGUAGAAGUUGGUGCGAUCCAGAUGGUGCUACUGUGUCUAGCUGUACUGAGUCAUCACAAACCGCGAGCCACUAAUCACUCACACAAGAUGGCUUUACAGGCCUUGUCUGCGUUAACGGGCAGUGUUUGCCGCGACAGUGAUGUUGGAGCCGGUAGUGAGAGGAGUUACUGGGCCAAAGGAACAGGAUUUGGUACAGGAUCCACGUCGUCAGGGUGGGAUGUUGAACAAGCCAUGCUAAAACAGAAGGCUGAAGAGGAGCAUGUCACUUGCCUUCUGCAGGUACUUGCGAGUUAUAUCAGACCUUUUGGAAAACACAGCGACUCGCACUCAGAGCCAUUUGCAGAGUAUUUAGGGGCAGGCGGUCCAUAUCCAUUUGUUGUCGUUUUGCUGGAGCUGUUCGGAGAGUCAUGUCUAAUCCCUGCUCUUUCAUCAUACCUAAGGAAUGAUUCUGUUCUUGAUAUGGCUCGCCAUGUUCCUCUGUACCAGGCUGUUUUAGAAGUACUCCGUGCACUCGCGUUGUGCCCAGUCCUCUUACCUUUGUUACUCCCGCAUGCCAAUGGCCUUUCCGUUGAGAGAGCGUCCACAGAGGCGCCUUCUAUUGUUAGCCUGCUGGACAAGAUGAAACAAUGUGUGGAUACUUACUCCAGAACUUUGCGGUCUACGCAAGGAAAAAGGGAAGAUUCAUCUGUAACAAGCACCACUAGCUUAGAACCAAAUGCCUCAACAGAACCGAGUACCACAGCCGAACCAAGUUCUAAAGGGGAAUCCAGCAGCUCAGCAACAUCAAGCAGUGCAGGAAGCUCGUUGUUUUCAGUUGGACCGAGUACUUCUGCGGGACCUAGUACCGCAGGACUACCAAGUUCAUCUAAACCAGGUAACACCGAAGAAAAGAAGGACCAGGAGGCUGAGGGACUCGCCCUGUUGAUACCUGACAUCCAGGAAACUGCUAAGUUGAUGCAGAGAGUAGUGCACGAAUUUCACCAGCAACAAGCCUCUUCUAACAAGGAAGGGGAAGGAGGCGGCAAGGGGCCAGAGGAACAGGUGGAGUUCCUCUCUGCCGAGGAGAGGUACUUAGCCAAAAUGAGGUCGCUUCAGUUUGGAACUCACCGGAUUGUGAUUGAAAAAGAUGACGGAAAACUAGAGUUUGAACCUGGCGGUUACCACUUUGCGUCUUCGGUGCGGUCAACGGUGAAUACGGGUGGCAGCGGAAGCAUGGUGCGGGCUCGGCGGCUAGCACAGGAAGUGUCGUCUCUUGCAACGUCCCUUCCGCUGUCCAGCAGCUCAAGCGUAUUUGUCCGUUGUGAUAAAGAGCGACUGGAUGUCAUGAAGGUUCUUAUUACCGGCCCAGCUGAUACUCCAUACGCCAAUGGCUGUUUCGAGUUUGAUGUAUACUUUCCACAGAACUACCCGGAAUCGCCGAUGCACAUAAACUUUGAAACCACUGGGCACCACAGUAUUCGCUUCAAUCCGAAUCUUUACAAUGAUGGAAAGGUAUGCUUGAGUAUAUUGAACACGUGGCAUGGACGACCAGAGGAGAAGUGGAAUCCACAGAAUUCAAGCUUCCUUCAGGUCCUGGUGUCAAUCCAGUCGCUCAUUCUCGUCAACGAGCCCUACUUCAACGAGCCUGGGUACGAGAGAUCUAGGGGGACGCCCGCUGGACAGCAGAACUCGCGGGAGUAUGAUGCGAACAUUUGUCAAGCCACUGUACGCUGGGCCAUGCUGGAACAAUUGAGGAAACCAUCGCCUUGCUUUAAAAAGGUUAUUGAAGCGCACUUUUACCUCAAGAAAGAUGAAAUACUAAAGCAGUGUGAGCAAUGGACAAAAGAAACGGAGAGCCUACUGUCAGGCCGGCCGGUUGGUAGGGCUAUAUCACAUCACGUGCAGUCACUGAAGCAGAAUUCUGCGCUCUUAAAACAUGAGCUUGACAAACUUCAACCUCCUCCGGAUCAUAAACAACAGGACGGUGAUAGCGACGAGGACAGUGACUAAGGUGCAAAACAGUUGCAGAAGCCGCACGCAGGUCACUCGUUGAAAUAAUUUAUGCCAAGCACUGGGUGAUGUAUGGCUAGGCCAGGGAAGGAGUCAAUUUCAUUUGUUACCCGCUCGCAACAAUUUUUUUGCGAAGUGCUUGCUAGCACCAACUUUCCUCGGGUCCUCACGAGCUCUCUCGGAUCGUGAUGCUGCUUCGCUGACUAAUAAACAUUCGCUUGCGAAACAUUGUUAGCAAGGGAGAGUAACGCAUUUUCUAGUGUUGCUUUAUUUUACUGCAAGAUAACUUAAAGGAUUACAGCUAAACGUGACAAGAUUUUCCUUCGCCAACGGGCUGCAGAAUGAAAUUGCCGGGAUUUAGACACAGACGCCGAGAAUUGCCAAAGUGGAGAAUCAGCUGUAGAAGGGGAUUUUCUGAGGGAAUCUGGCCUUAGUGAAGACAGCCUUGGCCUGCCCUUAGCUGGAUGAAGUGAACUGCGUAUUUAGAACAAUACGAGCGUAAUUAGUCUUCCUUACAUUCUAUUUAUCGGGUUUGAUCACAUUCUAUAACCAACCACUUUGAUUUAAGGGGCCAAGAAAGCGUGCUGUGAUUAUUGCACUGUAAAUACUACACGCAAUGUGAGAAUACCGUAAUUGAGGAAGUCAUGAAAUGGGGUUACGAUGGACCAAUAUGGAACAAAUGUUUCCUUGAAAAUAGAAAAUGAACUUGAAUGACUUGAGUCGAAAUUUAUUUAAGAGCUAGAAGUCGAAAUAAGCAGUGCUUGCCAUAUUCGUUACUAACUUGUCUUACUCGUUUUCCAUUGAAUUUUGAAUUAAUUUGCACUUCUACCAAGUGAUCAGCUAUGAAAUUAAGGUUGCUCACUAUUUUUACCUUUACAGUUUGGUGGAACUUUGUACAGAGAAGCGAAAUUGAUGUUUCAUUUCGAACGUUUACUUGUCAGUUGUAUAGACAAAAUGUCCGGUAAACUUUAGUUUUAUGUAGCAGUGACUGUUAAACGUCCUUUGAAACCUCUACCGGGAAGUAAAUCGUUGAUAUCAAACGACUCAGUUCCCUUGAGAUCUAUAGAUCUCAGUUAAACUGUAAAACUUCUUUGCAAGAUCCUGCAAUCUGUUUCCUUGAUACGGAAACGCAGAUUUUCUUUUAGCAAAUGAAAGAAUGAAUUUCAGUCGCUGACAACAAGUUCUAUGUAUGAAGCUUUGGGAGGUUGUCAGUUUGUUAAUCGCCAUGUUUUGCUACUGAAUUUGGGCAUAAUCCGAAUCACAGUAGAAAAGUUACUGGGGCGAGAAUGGCUUUUUAAAACUAUACUUUUCUGUUGUAUUGCAAUUUCACAAAGAUGAA